AUGAGGGCCGCGUGUGCCAUAUCGAUCGGAGUUCUCGCUACAGGCGUUGCAGCGCAGAUUGGCAGCAGCGUUUUUGAGCCGCAGAACUUCAACAUCAGUGCGGCUCUCAAAACUUUCGGCGUUGACGUUUCAACUCUGCCAGAGCCAGCAGACACACUUCAUUCACGGUCCUCGGAUGCACAAUGCUCACAUGCUUGUGCCGCCUUAACCAUAUUGUUCGGCAGUGACAAAGUCUUGGCUGAAGGGGCAACCGCAUAUAGCAAUUUCACGGGGGGAUACUGGUCUGCUCAACAAGGCUCAUUACGACCUUCCUGUGUCUUCAAGCCUACAAAAACUCUGGACCUCUCAAUAUUGGUACUCGCAGCUAGACUGUACCAAUGCCCUUUUGCCGUAAAAGGUGGCGGUCAUGCGGCAUGGGCUGGUGCGUCCAGCAUUGAAGACGGAAUCACGGUCUCGAUGGAAAACUUCAAGCAAGCUGUUGUUGCUUCGGACAAACAAACAGUUGACGUUGGCCCUGGACUUCGAUGGAUUGAUGUUUACAAAGCUGUCGAGAAAGAUGGUCUUAGUGUCGCGGGUGGACGUAUGGCUCCUGUAGGCGUGCCUGGGCUUAUCCUUGGAGGGGGCAUAUCCCACUUCGCGAGCAAGCGCGGCUGGGCGUGUGAUAACGUAGCCAGCUUUGAACUGGUUACAGCAUCCGGCUUCGCCAUCAACGUUAGCGCAGCGUCUUACUCCGAUCUAUAUUGGGCACUGCGAGGAGGAGGCAACAAUUUUGGAAUCGUGACGAACUUCAAGCUUGACGCCUUCCCUCUUGGCCAGAUGUGGGGAGGCCAGAGAGUGUACCUUGAGGAUGCAACCCCAGCCGUGCUGGAUGCGAUUUAUGAGUUCACCGUGACUGGAUCCGCCAAGGACGAAGAUGCCGCACAAAUUGUCACUUUCGCCAGCGCGCCUGGGAUCGGCAAAGUUUCUUUCGCCAAUCUGCACUACGCCAAACCGAUUGCUAACGCUUCUGUUUUCUCCAAUUGGAGUAACAUCACCGCCAUCGAUGAUACCACCGGCCUCCGACCAAUGUCCGGGAUGGCCGACCUCUUGAACCAGGGAGCGCCUGCGCCUGGGGCGUACCAAACGUGGUGGGGUAUCAGUUUGAAGAUGGACAGACCACUUCUCCAAUUCAUUGUUGAUACAUUUUACGCGCAGGAAGCAACUGUCGCGGAUGUCGAGAAAAUUUUGCUCAUCAUGGCUGUUCAGCCCAUUACCAAGAGCGCAGCCAAAGCCAUGCAAAAGAACGGUGGAAAUGCUUUAGGCAUUGAUCCAGAAAACGGCCCGUACUUUGUACUCAACUUCAAUGCGGCUUGGAACAACCAAGAAGACGAAGCCAAGUUCCACACGGUGAUUGCCAACAUCAUCAAACUUGUGAAGGCAGAAGCGAAGAGGAGGAACCUCGACAACGACUUCGUGUAUCUCAACUACGCGUCCGAAUAUCAAGACCCCAUUGGUAGCUAUGGAGUGAAGAACAAGCAACGGUUGAUGGAGGUAUCGAAGAGAUACGAUCCGAAACAGGUCUUUCAGUACCUCCAGCCUGGCGGGUUCAAGCUAGUGAAGGGCGCACCGAAUGCAAACACCCCCAAUAUAUCAUUGGCGAGGGGUGAAGAGCUCUGA